AUGAAAAGCACGUGGGCUCAUGGAUGAGUCCCAAGUUUAAGAGUGAGUAUCUCUGAAUAGACGAUCUUUGAGACUUGUGCUCCCACAAACACCAGAAUCACAACAACUGGAGCGAAAGGGGCUCGUGCCUAUGGCUCGUGCCCAGUUGCUUACGAAAUUACACGAACGACUGCGAGGACUCUACAUGUGUGCGCGCGCCCGCGCGCACUCUGACUCAGGCGUAAACGGCAGCGGUCACACGUUAAACCUCAGCGACCCGCGCGUGCUCUCCUGCGGAUUAGGGUUUGUCCGAUUUUGGUUUGACCCAAAGAGCAUGAGGGCGCUCGCGCUCCACCGCUGUCACGCACGCUCCCGCUGACGCCGUCACGCGGAUUUAAUCUGAGCAUCCUCGCAGGGCGCGAGCUCCCGUCCGGUCGGUUCGGUUCUGCGGAGGGGAGGUGAUCGGCGCCGAACUCCUGUCUGAACCGGUGCGGCAUCCAUCCCUAAACCCCCCCCCCCCCCCCCCCGCCCUCGUCUCCAGCGGGAGGCCGGCAGGAUGUAGCGGCAGUUCACGGAGGAGAGAGGGGCGGCAGAGGAAGAGAGCUGGACCGCGCGGACCGGGGCGGGACGGACGGGACAUGGGGAAGGACCAGGAGCUGCUCCAGGCCGUGAAAACCGAGGACUUGCUAACAGCUCAGCGGCUUCUGCAGAGACCGCGGCCAGGAAAAGCCAAGCUCCUCGGAGCGGCAAAGCGGAUCAACGUUAACAUUCAGGAUGCAGAUGGGCUGUCCCCGUUGCACCAUGCGGCUCUGAGUGGCAACAAGGAGCUGAUCUCUCUGCUGUUGGAGGCCCAGGCAGCAGUGGACAUUAAAGACCAUAAAGGAAUGCGCCCACUGCAUUACGCUGCAUGGCAGGGAAAGAGUGAGCCAAUGAAAAUGCUGCUGAAGGCAGGCUCAUCAGUCAACGGGCAGUCAGAUGAAGGACAGAUCCCGCUCCACCUGUCAGCUCAGCAUGGACACUAUGAUGGGUCAGAGAUGCUGCUGCAACACCAGUCCAACCCAUGCAUCUCAGACGCUGCUGGGAAAACGCCACUGGACCUCGCUUGUGAAUUCGGGCGAGUUGGAGUCGUCCAGCUCCUCCUCAGCAGCAACAUGUGUGCAGCCAUGCUGGAGCCUAAACCCUCUGACCCCAAUGGCGUGUCGCCUCUGCACCUCGCCGCCAAAAACGGACACAUAGACGUUAUACGGUUGCUCAUUCAGGCUGGCAUAGAUAUCAACAGACAGUCAGAGUGUGGCACCGCUCUGCAUCAGGCUGCCCUCUGUGGGAAGACAGAGGUAGUGCGACUGCUGCUGGACAGUGGCAUCAGUGCCGGAGUGAGGAACACUCUGAGUCAAACAGCUCUGGACAUUGUUAACCAGUUUACCACCACACAAGCCAGCCGGGAGAUCAAACAGCUACUCAGAGAUGCAUCAGCUGCAAUGCAGGUGCGAGCAUUGAAAGACUACUGCAACAACUAUGACCUUACCAGCCUCAACAUCAAAGCGGGAGACAUUAUCACGGUCUUGGAGCAGCACUCUGACGGCCGGUGGAAAGGCUGCAUUCAUGACAACCGCACAGGAAAUGACCGUGUGGGCUACUUCCCCUCUAAUAUGGUGGAAGUCAUCAAAAGGGCAGUUUUUGUUGUGUUGUUGUUGUUGUUGUUUUGCACCCUCCCCACUGGCCUGUGUCCAGGUCACUCCCCAUCCCACCAGUGCCACACCCUCCUGCUCCGCAGGCCAAACCCCUGUCCCAUUGCCUCGGUUAACGGGAACUCAUACCCCCCCUCCAAAGUCCUCCCAUUGCAUCUGCCUCAUCCUCCUCCCCUCCAUCUCAACGCACAGUCCCUCCCUCGCUUCUCCUCAUUCGGGUAUGUCCCUCUGCCCAUCUCUCCUCCUGCUCUGUCUACUCCUCCUCUGUCCUCUUCUCCUCCUCUCUCCACUUCUCAGGAGCAGCAGAGUCAGACAGGUUCUAGGACUGCGGAACUGAGUCCUCAGGGUUCUCCCACUUUGGGACAACAUAGCAGCACCAGUGAGGACAUCUGGGUGCUGCGCAAGCCGCUCGCAGGUGGAGAGCGCAGCGGCAGCACGGGGAGUCUCGGCAGUGUCCGGUCCUCGAGCAGCUUACAGAGCUCUGGAAACACGCAUGUUUUAACCACACCCGCACCAAGUCCUCACCCAGCUCCCACAACAGGGCUCAACACUCACGGCCUUAACGCACCGGGUCUGCACGCACAGUCAGAAGGAGUCAAGCUCCUAGCCACGGUGCUGUCCCAGUCGAUGAAAGCCAAGGAGCAUCUCUUGGAGCAAUCACAGUCUGUGGAGCUGUCAGCAAGCUCGUCUAGCAGCAAAGUUCAUGAACAGCGGUCGUUUGAGCGGAAGGCAGAAGAGGACGAUGGGAAAAAACAGGCGGUGGUGGCGUGGCUGGGUGAGUUUCAGCUGCAGUUCUACACCACCCACUUCCUCACUGCAGGAUAUGAUCUAGACACCAUUAGCUGCAUGACCCCUGAGGACCUUACGGCGAUUGGGGUCAUGAAGCCUGGACAUCGGAAGAAGUUAACAUCAGAGAUAAGCAAGCUGCCGUCCACAGACUGGCUGCCAGACCACAAACCGGCAAACCUGGCGGAGUGGCUGUCUCACCUUGGUCUGAGUCAGUACUACCAAGUUCUUGUGCAGAAUGGAUAUGAAAACAUUGACUUUGUCUCAGACAUCAGCCUUGAAGAUCUGCAGGAGAUCGGCAUCACUAAACUUGGACAUCAAAAGAAGAUGAUGUUGGGAGUAAAACGGCUGAAAGGUUUACAGAGAGGAGAAAGUGGCUCAGAUCCUCCUCAGAGCCCAUCAUCAUCUCCAUCCAGCCCAGGCGGCAGCAGCACCUCCUCGGAGCCUCGUAGGGAGGCAAGGAGACAGAGGGAGGGUGCCCCCAGCCCCCUGGCCAAACCUCGCCCAGGUGUAACUCACUCACAAACCCCGCCCCACACCCCGACGCAGACCCCGCCGCAGACCCCUCUACAUGUCCGCUCCCAGCAUGCUUCUCCAAGGGCUCGGCCGCGACCUUCCACCCAUUCCGCUGCAGCGGAUGCUUCAGUGCCGCUGCUUCGGCUGCCUUGCGAGGAGGAGGAGCGACGGAGGACUCACAGUCUCAUUGGCUCGGAGUCUGACUCUAAAUAUGCCACUGUGUGCCGCAGCAGCUCCACGCACGCCGCCGCAUCCAACGAUGUCACUGUCAACCGUAGCCAGUCGUCCGUCACACUCCGCCCUCGUCGGAAAGGUCGGCCCCCAACUCCGCCUAAGCGAUCCUGUUCUUCCAUUACCGGGGGGGAUGUUGAGGGGGACGGACAUGUGGAAGGGCUGUUAGGGCUUCCUACCUUCCGAGAGCGCCGAGCAAGUGACGGUGGCAGCUUGGGAGCCACUUUAAGAAGUCAGAGCUCCGCCAGCUUGGAGAGGUCAGAGGGCACAUCUGGGAGCGUUCGCAGCCUUGCAGCACUGCUGGAAACAUCCAUCGUGCAAAAGAAUGUGGGCAGUGGCAGCAGCUACCUACAGGUUAGUCCACCACAACUCCGUCGGCAGGCAGGCGCAGGAGGCCUUGGAUCUGAGGAUGAUAGCGUUGUGAGCCGGCGCAGAACCAUCAGUGGACUCGAGGGUCUACCCGGCGAUCAGAUUGAGCAGUCGCCCCAGCAACCAGUCCAGCCUCGCCCAGAGCCCCGCCCCCGCUCCAUCACCGCCACCUCGGUAACUGAGAACGCAGACGGCAGCGCCACGCUCAAAAAGAAACUUCGUCCUGCGCCAACGGAUGUCGAAGCGCCUACAUCCAGUGCAACCACCGUCAUUACCAUGACAACUGGCUCGGACACGAUACGCCGAAGACCGCGCACAUCCGGGCAAGACGACCGGGUCGCUCAGAGCGGCAAUCUGUUAAAUUCUCCUGACAGUGGGAGGAAACAAGCUGCCGAGCCUCAGCAGAACGGAGGCGUGGUGCUGAGGCGAAGGCCAGUGUCUGAGGCCUCUGAGAGGACAGAGGCCAGCAAAGAGAGCUGUGAGUGGAUGGAGGCCAGGAAGUCUCUAAAGCCACCAGUCUCACCCAAACCCUCCGUCAACCUGAAGAAGACCCAGGCUGAUCCUCCUACUCCAACUCGCAGAGUUCCCAUACCUGGGCCUGACACUGCUGAGACGGCACAGAGUCCAGAGCCAAAGCGAGUUCCUCCCCCUGUGUCCCCGAAACCGCGUGGGCCUCCAACGGCACCUAAGCCAGGAAAACCAGCGUCAGCCUCCGUGAGUUCGAGUCCCGCUGCUACGAGCCCAGCUGCAGCCAGCCCAACCCCAACCCACAAACCCCCGUCUCCUUCAACUGUUGCCCCACUUCCAGCUCCUGACACCCCGUCUGCCCUUUCCCUCACUCCUGGGCUCAUUCCCACUUCUCCCUCCCCGGCUCAGAGUCCUUCCACUCCUUCGCCACACCCCGUCAAGCCUCCACGUUCCUCCAUUGCUGGUCUGUCUAUUGACCUGCUGGGGGGGCGAGAAGCAGAGGAGGAGGAGGAGAGGAGGAAAGAAAGGGAGCACAAGAGACAAGCACAGGAGGAGGAGAGGAAGAAAUCAGUGGAUGAGACCCUGGCGACAGUGGAGAGAAAGCUGUUGAGGGUUGAAGGGGCUAAAGGAGUUGAAGAAAGUCAAGAGGAGGAGGAAGAGCAGGAGGGGGAGGCUCAGCACCGUUUAGAGGAGACCAGUGCCUCCUUAGCUGCAGCUCUGCAAGCUGUGGAGCAUCAAAUCAAAGAAGAGGACAAGCAAAACGACUCCCUUUCAGACAAAAAAGCUUCCGCCUCCAUUCUGGAUGACAUCGGCAGCAUGUUUGAUGACUUGGCGGACCAGCUGGAUGCGAUGCUGGACUGAAGUGUGAUAAUUCUGCAAAGCCCGCUCCUCGUCCCUCAUCGUCUGUAGGUGUAAGAAGAAAACAACGCGGAGAGCGCAAUUUGUAGCCUGCUUCCCUUUUUGUUUUGUUUUUGUUUGUUUUUUUGCAAGUGCUUCCUGAGUAGCCUUGUGCAGAACUGAGGAUGGGGCUCCUUUCUGUCUGGUGCAGUAGCUCCAGCUGCAACCUCCCACACAACUUCGAACCUCUGCAGCCCAGCGUGUCACCCGCCGCCCAGCCUCACUGCAGCUGUGUGGACCCAGAAGCACAAUUCUUUUGCUCAUCUUUUUAUUCCAGCUGACUCAGACAGACUUUGACGCUCACGGAGACAGUCGAACAAGCGUAUGGCUUUCAAAAAAAAUAAGCACAUCAUUUCUCUGACAAACUAAUAAUCAGCCAGAUAGAUAGAAAAAAAACAACAACAAUCUAACGAGAUACUGGAGUGGAAAAAAAUCAAUACCACACAGAAAGAGGCUGUUUUCUAGGUUUGUCUCACUCCUGAAAUGUUGAAAAGACGCAUUUUUCCAGAUGAAUUGUAACCUCUCUGUCUCCUCUGUGUGAGUGGAGCUUUGCGGUUAGCUGAACUUCCUGACUCGUGCGUUGUUUCUGUUGUUGCUGUUGCUGAUCUUGUUGUCGUUUCGAGUGUGUGUACUCCUUGCUCCGUGUCCUCUCAUUCAUACAGUAGUGACUCUAAAGAUCGGAUCUUAGAUUAAAAAAAAAAAUUCCAUGAGUUUUAACACACGGGCCACACAGACAUGAGCAUCCCAUGUUCAAAUGCUGCUGCCAUUUUGCUUGGUUGGUGUUCAGCUCCAGUCAUGUGCUGAGUUUUGCGUGGAAACGAUUCGACACUACAGAUACUGACAUCGACACACAUUUGUGCAAGCACACCUAUGCAGUAUAUCUCUUUGUCCCGCUGCAGUGAAGUGUUUUUAAAAGAUACUCCUGUAUUUCAAUGCUUUUCUUUAGGACACAGUUUAUCAAACUAUAUAACAGGUUAAAGCUCCCUCUAGUGUCUCCCAGUGAAACUGCAUUCAGUCCACGUCCCCCUGUCGUUUCUCUCUUGUGUUCGUCUCAUUAACUCUACAAAUCUCUGUGCCUUUGUAGUGUUUUUCAUAUGUCCUUUUUUAAUGAGUCUACUCUGCAAUGUGUAGGAGUUUUUAUUGUCUCCUUUAAGCCCUUUUGUGUUGAAAACCUCAAAAGUAACUUUUAAGUUAAGCUAAGUUAAGUCCCUUUAUGAUCUGUAAAAAUCAAAGUGUGUGUCCUCCUGUAAACAUAGAAAGGCCGUGUUUUAGCCCAUUACAGCCCACCUAUAAGCUGUAAGACACGGGCUCCCCAUCUCCAGAUUUUAGUGUUUCCCUCAUUUACCACAAACUGUGGAUGGAACCCCAGUCUUCAUCCCAGUGAGGAGUCAACUUGUAUUUUUAUGCUCUUUGAAAAACAAAGAUAUAUUUGAGAGACAGAUGAUUAUACAUGAAUCACAAUGUUGGUGACAUGUUGAUUUGAGCUGAAUGGAUCUAGCCUGUACAUUUCUGGUUGAGUUGUGACGGCUGUUGUGCCAUGGUUGGGUUUAGGUUGUGUUUAUGCAGUGAUGAUGCAUUCCUGUACAGCUGUGAUCAGAAUAAAUGUAUAAUUAAAUCUUGCAAUAUUA